AUGCCACUCUCCGAAUCGUGGCCCAAAGGCCAAGCCUUUGAAACUCACCUGGAUGUUUCCUCCUUUGCUGUAUCGCCACAGGCAUACCAUGCGGCCAACCCUGAUUCGAGAUACUCUUACAUCGCGACUGGCGCUAUCGUGUUUGACAGAUCUGGAACGGCUGCUCGGCGAGUGCUAUUACUGCAGCGCUCGAACUACGAUAGCAUGCCUGGCCGUUGGGAGAUCCCCGGAGGUGGCUGCGACGAGGACGACGAAACCAUUUUACAUGCCGCAGCUCGCGAACUUCAGGAGGAGACUGGGCUCAAAGCUGCACGCAUUGGCUCACAAGUCGGCGAGGGACACUUCUUCACUAGUCGGUCUGGCAAGAGGAUUUGCAAGUUCACUUUCGUGGUUGAGAUCGGCGAGAGUGCCGAAGGACAUUCAGCAGUCGAGCUGGAUCCCAAGGAGCACCAGAACUAUGUAUGGGCAACGGAAGCGGAAGUCAAAGCACACGCCGUUGGCUCUGUGAAUCUCGACUUCACCACAAUCGAUCAGGAGCAGGUGGUACUGGCAUCGUUCGCUCACAGCGACAGAUGA